AUGCCAAACCCCAUGGACGACCGUCUACGCGUGGUGGCGGUGAUACACGCUUUGAAAGCAUCUGGAGUUCGCAUUAAAAACUGGAAGAACUUCUUGAAUGGGCCAUACACUAGCGACCCUGUCAGACAGGUAACCAACAAGGCCAAUAUGUUUCCUCAACGGUCAACCUCAAUGCGUCAAUAACGCUUGUUUUCCAGUGUCCGCAACACAGUAUGCUGCCACGGUAGACUUGUUGAUUACGUGAUUGAUUACUGCCAAGGUCACAUUCCUUAAAUAUUCAAAUUUACUAAUCAUAAUUUGCAAACACCAAUGUUGAGGGAUUGAUUGUUUUAGGAAGCCUUUUUAGCACAUCAUUAUGAUCUGUUGUUUAUGGAUGUCUUUCAGGAGAACCAAUCUAAAUUUGCUUUUGGUCGGGACCUGAUAUUGCUGCCACAGUGUGAUUUAACUGAUAUGAGUGGGACAGUGCCAAAGUAUGUACACUUGAGUUGUAUUGUUGCUUUAAAUACAAUCAUAACUGGGAGAUGUGAUAAAAAAAAUCUAAUGUAGCCUAUUCUGAUUACGAUGUACAACUGACAACCCAACGUUUUGGUUGCUAAUGACUUAACUUACAUUUGAGUGAUGUAACUGUUCCAUAGGUUCUUGGUGGAUGCCUGUGGAUUUUUAUCCCACCAUCUUCAAACUGAAGGGCUGUUUCGAAAGACCGGGUCGUUUAGUCGGAUGCGAGCUCUUAGGGUAAGACGGCGCAGGAAUGUCAAUUUUCUUACCUCAAUGGGACUAUCUUUUUUAUGUUGACGCUCUACCUCCUCAUGACAGACUGGCCUGGAGCAGGGAGAGCCAGUCUUUUCUCUGCCACAUUCAGCCACUCUGCAGCCCUGUGAUGUGGCAUCUCUUGUGAAGCAGUUCUUACGGGAGCUGCCCUCGCCCCUCAUCCCUAUGGAUCUACAGGUGCCACUGUGUCGUGCACAGGGCUUAGAAGAAGAGGGGGGGCAGGAGCAGAGGAAUGAUGGAGCUCUUCUUCUCACAGCCCUGUUCCCCCCCUCUCAUUCACGGGCCCUCCGAUACUUCUGCACCUUCCUGAGACAGACAGCUCAAAGGUUUGUCUCCAGAAAUUCAUGAUGACUUCUUCGAUCAUCUGGGCUUAGAGAGGGAGCUCUGUGUGUCUCUGUGCCUACAUUUCUCCACCAUCUCCCAUCCUUUACAUUCACUAGAUGUAAAGAGAACCGUAUGGAAGUGGGCAAUCUGGCUCUUGUGAUUGCACCUAAUCUGCUACAUUGUCCAGCUGGGGGCGCUAAACUGACCGCAGGUACAGAGAGACAACUGCAUAGACAUGCAGCAGUGAUCAAGACACUCAUAAUACAUGCUGAUCGCAUUGGUAAGUUCUGAGAACUAUAUAUUUGUAUAGUAGCUGAUGAUGGCUGUUAGAUUUAAAGUUGAUACUAAUUUCACUCUUCUAUAUGUCCCCAGGUGUUGUCCCCCCUUCUAUUAUGGACAUGGCAACAGUAGCAGAGUCCUCCACACCCCCAGUUGACGGGGAGAGGUUUCCGAAGGCAGGACUUAGUGUGCAUAGACGUUUAGGACAUCAAAGGAGGCGCAGUGUUGGAGGUGAGAGUUUUGCAAUUACUGGAUCAUGAGGUUUAUACUGUGAUAAUAAUUUCAGAAUAAAUACAUUGCUGUCAAUUCAUGAAUUCAAUUCAGAUUAUAAUACUUUUUUGCUUGAUCUCUCCAGAGAUAUUUGUGGAUGCUCUCAGUAAAUUGAAGACAGGCCGCACUCACACUGGCCUUUUACACCCCCCAGACAGUACGUGCAUAAUGUUGUGGUAAUGAUAUGAUUUUGGCUGCUUAAUAACUGGCUGCAAAGUUCAAAUGCUUUUAGUAAAAAGUAAUGCUGAAAUUAUUUAGUUGUCAGUAAUAGCCAAUAAGUGUGUUGCCCCGACUUUAUAACCUUGACUUCAUAGGUCAGCAAAAUACAAAGACCGAUCGCCACACCACACCUGAAUCACCAGUCACAUCCAAACGAAAAUCGACCGAAGAUCCUGUCCCUGAUGUAGAGGGCUCUGCUAAAAAAAGGUACUUAUAUUUAAUGGGCUGUAAAUAAAAUAUUUUGAUGAACCAUGUCUCGGAGAUUCUGUUUUUUAAAUGCUUUAUGGAGCAAAUAUUAUCCUUCUUUCUAUACAGACGCUCUAUCCAUGACCUUAGAGAAGACAACCAAUCCAUGAGCAAACAACACUCCAAUGGUGAUGUAUUUAUAGCCUGUACCACAGUAUAGCUUUUACUUAGUCGAAUAAGAUACGGUAUGACAAGUUCUAUGUUUUGACUGCCCCAGUAGAUUCCGAGUUGGCAGUCGGCCAAAGCCCUACCCGUAGUCACACCUCUGUCCUGAGUGGAGUGGAGGGCAGUAGGGAGCACGAGCUCUCUGUCACUCUCAGUGCCUCAGAGAAGAGGAGGAAUUACAAGAAAGAUCAUGCAACAUCAAACGAGUAAAUCUAAAGCAUCAUAAGCAUUGAUUCUAGUUCUUCUAUUUAACCCUUGUUCUUCUAUUGCCUUGUUUUUGUGUCUGACUGUGUAUCUGUGUUUCCUGAAGGCAUCCGGUGCAGGAGGACAAGGCUCAUCGAAGGACAUCCCUUAGAUUCUUCAACAUGACAAUCUGGAGCAGCCCUGUAAGUCUGGUGCUCUCCAAUCUUCUGUCCUAACACUGGGUCUUCGCAUUGCUCAUGCUUGUCUCUUGACUCUGAGCUCUAUUGUUUGACUUAUCUACUUUCUCUAUGACUUUAUUCACAGGACCCUUCCCCCACAUCCAUUGGGAAUGACAAAGAGAAUUGGAUGAUGGGCAGUAGAAUGGUCACUGAUGGAAUGACUGAAGCAUCCAGCUCUGAGGUUGGACCAUCCAGGAUUCCUGUCAUAAUGACUGAUGGCCCAGGACGAGGUUUGGAUUGUUUUUUUUUCUCAGUUUUUCAGUUACAUCCAUGUAUCUAACUUAAAUACUCAAUGUGAUAUUUUAUCUGUAUUCAGUUCUAGUGGGGAAUGAAGUGGAGGAUGACCCUGAUCUGCUGAACUACAGCUUUGCUGAAAAUCCUGAUCACUUCCUGGAUCUGGCGACAUUGGACUCACCUACCAGGACACAAGCUUGGGAAUCAUGUGAAUGCUCUGGUGUCAAGUUGGAAAAUGAGACAGUAGAGGAAACCGUUAGACAGUAUGAAACAAACCGUGUAUUGAGAGGUUCAGAGCAGGUUGGGAUAAAAGAGGACCCUGAAGACGUGGGUCUAAGGAAGAAGCAGUCAGAAGUGGAUAUAUCUGUUUGUGUCAGUCAGAAGCCCCGUCGCCCUCGUCGCUCCAUCAGUAUGCCAGAGGUGACAUUGGACCAACUGAGGAUUCAAGAUGAUAUUUACAAGAAGGAUAAAAGAGAUGGGAUGACGGAGAAAGAAGAUGGAGUCUCUGAGGACACACUUCAACCGCUGGUGAAGAAAGAGAAGACGUCAGGACUGGGUUUUAAGAGGACGCACCAGCACAUGUCUGUGGCAGAGCGCAUCAGGCGUUUCAACGCUCUGGCAACGCUGCUCCGUACCCCCAGUGUUCCUCCAAGGCCCCCUGAACCUCAGCUCAACGAUGUCCUGCAUGAGAGUCAGCGGGAGGGGGGUCAGCGGAGCGUUGUACGUCUGCGUCGGCAGGGAGCGCGGCGGUUUGGCCGCUCCAUCAGUCAUGAUGGUGUUCCCGGACCUUGGCUAGGACAAGCUUCUAAAAAUCAUCAAGAGGUGCCAGUGGUUGUUCAAAGCCUCAGUGAGCCACUCCUAUGUCCAUCUCCAGAGCCAACUCUUAGUGUUUAUCAAUUUGCCCAAGAGGGACAGUUUGAAAUCCAACAUACUCCAGAUCCUCAACUACAACAGGAAAACCUCUUGCAGACCAUCCAGCAUUUGUGCACUCCUCCAUCACCAAAUCCAAAGCAGAACAAGGAAUCCUGCCAAGGGCAAUUUAAAGAAUCACAAUUGCAUCUCAAGGAAAGACAAUUGGAACCGGUGGAGGAACAACCUAAGGAGUCAGAUCUGCUGGAGAUGCACUUGAAUGUAUGCUGUCCAAAGGAGGAGCAAGGGCAAGACCUUACAGUUCCAAUGCAGUUGGAUAGACCGUCUCAGACAGACACGAUCUUAGAUGUUCCACCUCAGACCAUGGCCCCCCUACAGCAGGAGUCCAAAACAACAGCCGUCAAACUCUCCCUCCCUUUUCCUCCAGCCCCUCCUCUCUCUCAAACAGAAACAUGCUCUCCCAUUCCCAGUACACCCUCUCCUACACCAAUAGACAGAACAUCAUCAACUGACCUCUACACUGCACACUUGGCGGCUAACUGCUCCCCUUCCUCUGUCACGACUUUAGACUUUCUAGAGAUAGACACGGGGGUCAGUGAGAGUGAUGGGUGUUCUCUCCCUGUUGAACUCUCUCCAUCACCAGCCUUGCAGUUCAGGCUCCCAGCCACCAAGAGACGCUACAGAGACUCGCCCCGCUGGCCCAUCAAUGAGAUUAGCAUGGCCACAGGGGGCCCUCUGCAGAUCUGA